AUGUACUCUAGGAUUCUUGUACUUUCCAAUCUUCAAAAGCGUCUAUUUAAAUGUCAACCAAAUUGUUUAACAAGCUUUUAUCGCUUUAAUUCGACUUCAUCUGAAUUCUCCGAAAAAGAGGUUGAAAAAGCCAAGCACUGGCUACAGACUUUCACGGUCGAUAAAAUUCCCAUUUCUGUCUUCGAGAUAACAUACAGUAGAGCGUCUGGGGCAGGUGGCCAAAAGGUCAAUAAAACAUCGAGUAAAGCCACGGUAUCUCUUACUCCAGAUCAAUGGUUAAAUUCACAGUUUUGUUAUUGGAUUCCCGGACCCAUUAGGUAUCAACUUUCUAUCAAAAAACUUAGAUACGAAACUAAAAGUGGAGGUUUGAUACUUCAAAGUGAUUUGACAAGAAAUAGAGAUGUAAAUACCGAAGAUUGCUUCAAGAAAUUGUUGCAUGAGAUAAAGGCACUUUCAUAUUUUCCUUCUGAAAUAAGUGAGGAUGACAAAAAGAAAUGGGAAGAAAUUAAGGAAGAUAGAAAGGAAAAAAGACUAUUUAAUAAGAAGAAGCAAAGUGACAAAAAAAAGGGACGGUCAAAAAAUUUUGACUUAUAG